AUGAACCGAGUCAAAUUGGUCACCCACAUGAGCAUGAUGGUCUCCCUUCUUGCUUGUCUCGUCUUGGCUCUCUCAGGAUACCUCACCUUCUCGGACAAGACUCAAGGCAACAUUCUGAACAAUUUUCCUUCUGAAAACUUUGUUAUCAACAUUGCGCGUUUCUGCUUCGGAGUCAACAUGUUUACCACCUUGCCUCUGGAAGCAUUCGUCUGCCGUGAGGUCAUUGAAACGUACUACUUCCCAGGAGCAGCCUUCUCGAUGAAACGCCACACCAUCAUCACAACUGGCCUUGUCGGAGUAGCACUCGUCAUCGCACUCCUGACCUGUGAUCUCGGCUUCGUACUAGAAGUCACUGGCGGGUUCUCGGCAACAGCCCUGGCUUUCAUCCUUCCACCGCUUUGUUAUCUGAAAUUAGCCUCAGGCCCUGUGUGGUCAACCAAAAAGAUCCCUCACAUUGCUUGUCUGGGAUUUGGAAUCGCCGUCAUGAUCCUGAGCACCUUCUUCUCGUUGCAGCAUUUUAUGGCACCAAAGGAUCUCAGCUCCCAGUGCUCUUUGUAA